AUGGGCAGCGCGGGCAAAAUGAGAGCUGAGUUUGCUGGUUGGGAACUUCGGCUCUAUGAUCGUGCAACCGCCACACAGCUCUCGUCUCGUUUGAAUCAACAGACAUUUCAUCUUCCCGAUGGCCCGCAGGAGGAGGAACGGGACCAGGAAAUGCGUGCCGCGAUGGAAGACGCUCUACGCGUGGUGCGUGGUGAGAAGAGCACGUUGGCCUCAGCAGGUAAUGUGAACCAGUGGGCCGACAAGGAAAAGAACACAAUUCAGUUUGGCUAUGACACUGACGAAGAAGCAGAGAAAUGGUGGCGGAACCAGGAGCGGGCAGGAGGAUCCCGUUUUUUGCUGGGAUGUACGGCGGAUUCAUACAGAAGCAUGUAA